AUGAAUUUUCAAAUAAGAUCAAAUAUACUAAAAUUUUUUCUAUUAUUCACAUUCUGUUGUCUUUCAAUUUCUCAAGAUAAUUUUAAUUUAUCAGAAUGCAAUAUUACAAAGGGUUGUAUUUUACAACCAACUAAUUGCAAUCCAAAUACCAAUUGCGUAUACUUUUUUUCCUAUUAUCAACAAAACAAUAGGUUAAUAAUAGAGAUUGGAGGAAGUAUUUCAACAUUAAAUAAUGCAUUUAUUGCUGUUGGUUUUUCUAAUGAUCCUUCAAUGGGAGAUGACGCUGUCACUGAAUGUUCUUCUUUUAACGGAGCUCCUUUUAGUGGAAGACUAUCUUAUAACCCAGGAAAAAGUAAUAGAGUUGUUGAUGUAUCAAUGGAUGCUAACAAUGAAGUUAUGUUAAGAACAAAUAAAGUUUCACUUAUAAAUGGUAUAUUAUAUUGUAAUUUAAAUCAAUCUUUAAUACCACCAUCAUCAUAUUCAAAUUCAAAUGAGGUAUUAAAAAGGGAUGUUAACCAAUAUUAUAUUCUUAUUGCUUCUGGUACAACAAAUGGAAAUAAUUUACGUAUUCAUUCACUUGAUACAAAUUCUCAACUUUUUCCAUACAUUUCACCACAAUCAGUUGACAUUAAUCGUUAUAAAAGAGAUAUAAAUGGUCAAAUAUUAUCUGAUCCUUUAACAAAUAUAAAUAAUAAUUCAUUAAAUAAUCAACAAAUUAUUUUAAAUGAUAAUGCUGCAGCAGCUCAAAAAUAUAAAAAAACAUUAAAAAAAAUUCAUGGAAUACUUAUGAUUAUUGGAUGGUCAAUAUUUUUGACUACUGGAAUUCUUGCAGCAAGAUAUUUUAAAGGAAAUUGGCCAAAUACAAAAUUAUGUGGUUUAUUAAUAUGGUUUCAUCUUCAUAGAACAUUAAAUAUUAUAGGAAUUGGAGUAACAAUAGCAGCAUUUGCAAUAAUAUUUGUUGCCGAAAGUUGGACUUGGACUGGACCUUCAAUAUAUAAAACUGAUGAACGUAAUAGAUCUUGGGGAUCAGUUCAUUCGAUAUUAGGUUUAUUGGCAUGUUGUGUUGCAUGGGCCCAACCAAUUGGUGCUGUCUUUCGUUGUUCACCUGAUUCAUCAUUCAGAAUUAUAUUUAGAUUUUUCCAUGGAACAUUUGGUAUUUUAGCAUGGUUAGGAGCUCUUUCAGCAACAAUGAUAGCAGUUGUACAUUUUAAAUCACUUUUUACUAAUCAAACUGCUGCAUUGGCAUUAUAUAUUACAUACAUUGCAGUAACUGGUAUUGUUAUAAUAAUUAACGAAUUUUUAACAAUAAGAUUAUGGCUUAUUACUAGAAAAGCUGUUCAUUCAUCUGAAAUUGAAAUGGUACAAGUUAAAAAUGGAAAAACAUAUGUUGAAAGAAGUGAUAACGUUAAAAAGUUUUACAAUCUUCGUUAUCCAGUAUUCUUGUUUUUCUUAGUUAUAUGUAUUGGAACGUGCGUUGCCAUUUCUGCAAUAAUUGGAUUGUCAUAA